AAAACGAUACUGCUGCCGACGCAUGCUGUUAGCCCAUGUUGAUCUGAUUGAAAAGUUGUUGAACUACGCUCCACUUGAAAAGUAAAACAGAGAAAUUUAUAUAAUUUUUUUUUACAUUAUUUUUUUGACUUUGUGAAAGAGAUGUCAAAGUUAAAGUGUGUUAUGUUUUGCGAGUUUGAUCCACACUUGGGGCCUCAAAUUGCUUACCAGGCUCCUGAAGAAUAUAUUUCCAAAGGACAAAUGGACAGUAUUGCCCCGUACAUUAUCACAAAACCACAGCUCCAAAGUAGAUUGAUCAGUUUGAAGGCGUUUGGGUAUAACUUCAUGGGAUUCCCUGUGAUCAUCGAAGACAAAAAAUAUAACAGGAAUGCAUUGCUUUUCAAUACUGUGUUCGUGUUCAAUGAAGAAGAUCAAGUUAAAGAAUAUGAACCAGUUGUUAAGAAGCUUGCUGGUUACUUGAAAACGUUGGAAUUAGAGAUUUCAUAUUUGUCAGAAGAGAAAACGAAAAGCAACAUACCUGAUAUGCUCAAGAAAAUUUUAUGUGAUCUCAGUUGUACUGGAGAGUGUAACAUACCCAUUGAUAGUUGCAACACGAUUUAUCUAAAAGUAGUUAAGCUACCCAAAGAGCCGCCCGUUGUUCUGGAUCACCAAGUGCCUAUUUUUUCGUGGAGCAAGAAAGCCGUAGAGUCUCAACAUUGGGACCUAACUGCACAACAUGUGAUGCCUUACAUUGACGGCUUGAAUCAUGUCCAAAAAAUCUCGUCUCUCGCUGAUGUCGAUCUUGGUCUUGUGCGUUCGGCAAUUCAAACUUUGGUUUUCCAUGGCGUUGUUGCUUUGAUGCCGGUUUUUUUGUAUUCCAAUAUGUACGCUAUUAAACCAGAGAUUAAUAUACUUCCAAACGACGAAGACAUGCAAGAGGAAUGUGUAUCUUACGUGGCAAGAAACAAGAAUGAGUUGCCGAACUUUCGUGAUGUGUUUAUGUUAUACUGUGCUUUUGGACCUGGCAUUUCGGUUAACGCUUUAUGUAGUCGUCAUGAUCCGACGUCGCUUGGCAUAAACGAAGUAAAACUCAUCCAAUAUGGUUUGAUUAAAAAAUUUAUUCAUAAGCUGAAUAAAUACCCUGUUUUGCUUACCUCCGAUUAUAACUACUGCAAGUGGGUUAGCGGAUCAAGAUGGCUGAAUGGCCACUAUAACUACGCGGAGAUAUGUUGCAAAGCUGCGGAUGCAGGAGAGACACUACAGUACGAAGAUAUUGAUAAGAAGACUGAGAACGAUCCUUACGUUGUCCAUAUAUGGAAGUAAAAUUUUUUAAGUGACUUUUAGAUGAGAUGUUAUUUCGAUUUCUUUUAUGUUUUUGCGGAUUCUUUUAAUAAGAAAAUUUUUUUCCGUAUGUUCACUGUUACCAACCAAUUUUUUCUGAACAGGCAGUCAGCCUAACGUAAUAUUUUAAAAAAAAUCCAGAUUGCACUUUUGUCUUUUUUUCUUAAAGUGUACACCUUGAUGUGAAAUCGAUUGUAUUUUUAUGUGAAGUGCUAAUACUUGAUAGAUGAUAAUUGUUCCUGCA